AUGGAAGAAACCGCGGAAUCAAUGAACACAACGGUCUCACCUCCGCAGCCAGAAUCAGAAGAGUCGACCACAUUGUCCUCCACGGGAGAUCAGCUAUCGGACGAAGCCUCAAAAGGCGUAGAUCUGAAGAAGGAAGAUACGAAGGCAGGAUCCAUCUCCCUCCGCAUUUGGCCGCCCACGCAGAAAACUCGCGACGCCGUCUUGAACCGCCUGAUCGAGACGCUGUCCACCGACUCCAUCCUCUCCAGGAGAUACGGAACGCUCAACUCCGACGACGCUUCCGCCGUCGCCAAAUCCAUCGAGGAGGAAGCCUACGGCGUCGCAUCGAACGCUGUUUCCGACGAUGACGAUGGGAUCAAGAUCCUUGAGGUUUACUCCAAAGAGAUUAGCAAGAGGAUGCUUGAGACUGUCAAGGAUCGAUCUGCUGCCACCGCCGGUAACGGAACUGAGACAAAGAACGAAGCUAAAGCUGUGGAGGACGACGCCCUGGCUCCUGAGACAGAAAACAGUGAGGCUUGA